AUGUCGGAUGACACACUUGUUUACAAUGGUGGAUCUGGGCAUGAGCUCCUUACACAGCCAAGAUCAUUGUUUCAGGGAUUGCCGGUUAGUUUGUAUGGACAAAGAAUUUGGUACAAAUUACCAUUUGAAGAUUUGAAAGAGCUUAGGAUAUUGUGUGAGGGUACUGAGAAUUUCGAGAGGAUGUGUGAAGCAGCUAAGUGGACUAGGAUGAUUGAGAUUUAUAUGGAGAAAGAUGAAGAUUGUGAAGGGGAUCACGGUAAUGAGGAAGGAAGAAAUGACGAUCAAAAUAUGGAAAGAGGCGCUGAUCAGGUUGAGCAAAGAGGAAGAGAUGAUAAUAAUGAAGAUGGAAGAGAUAAUAAUACUGAUGAUGGAAGAGAUCAAGACAGAGAAGAUGGACGAGAGGUAUACGAGAUGUGUGAAGAAGAAGCUCAGGUUGAAGAAGUAGUGGCUAAGUUUUUUGAAGAGGAGGAGAAUGAUGACUACCAACGAACUCCUACUACAUCAGACAACGAAGGAAGAAAAAUCCAGAGGUGUCCUUAUGAUAGGUGGGUAAGAGGAAGUGGAGAACUCAAGAUUAAGCAAGUGUUUGAAAGCGUGAAAGAGUUUAGAGAAGCUGUGAUUGAGUACGCAUUGAAAGGAGGUUGGAAUAUACGGUUUAAUAGGUGGGGAGCUGUGAAGUCUGAGGCAUUGUGUGGUAUUGAGAAGUGCAGUUGGAGAGUCUACUGUUCUUAUGAGGAUUCAAUUGCUAUGUGGAUGAUAAAGACGUUUCAAGAGAACCAUACCUGUUUCAAAGAUGGUCGAUGCAAAAUCUUGUCACAACAAGUGAUAUGUGACAUGUUCAUCCAUGAACUGAGAAAUGAUCCUCUACUCAAACCAGUCAUUAUGCAGCAGAGAAUCCAUGACCGUUACGAUGUGGCUCCUUCACAUAAUCAAUGCCGUAAAGCGAAGAAAAAAGCAUUGGAGCUUAUUGAAGAAGAAUUCAAAGAACAAUAUUCAAGGAUGAAAGAUUACAGAGAUGAACUUAAAGCGAGAAACCCACACUCGACAGUGGAGGUUAGAACUGAGAUUAAUGCGGUUGGGGUAGAAGUUUUUGACAGUUUUUACAUGUGUUUUUCUGGGCUGCGUGAUACAUGGAAAGGCCAUUGCCGACCAAUCUUCGGAAUAGAUGGCUGUUUUCUCAAGUCCAAUUCCAAAGGACAGCUCUUGGCAGCCGUUGGGAGAGAUGCAAACAAUCAGAUCUACCCUUUCGCUUGGGCAGUUGUGCAAGUGGAGAACAGCGAGAGUUGGUUGUGGUUCAUUCGUCACUUGAAAAACGACUUAGGCCUUGGAAAUGGUGAAGGAUUCACUGUCAUUUCUGAUAGGCAAAAGGGACUACUCUUUGCUGUGAACCAAGAAUUACCAGAGAUUGAGCACCGUAUGUGUGCAAGACAUAUUUAUGGUAAUAUAAGGAAGGAUCAUCCUAGGAAGCCGCAGUUGAAGACCAAGUUUUGGCGUGUGGUUGAUAGUUUCAAUGAGGAAGAUUAUGAAAUAAAUCUGGCGCAACUGAAGAAAUAUGAUAGUGAUAUCUAUGAGGCCUUCAUGAGUAGAAAUCCAAGAAACUGUAGCCGGGCUUUCUUCAAGACCGAUUCAUGCUGUGAAGAUGCACUUAAUAACUUCUCAGAGAGUUACAACAAUACACUUGAAAAGGCGAGAGCAAUGCCAUUGAUUCAGAGUUUGGAAACCAUGAGGAGGCAAACUAUGAUGAGGAUAGCGAUGAGAAGGAAAAUGACGCAGAAGCAUAAGGCCACACACUCUCUAAAGGUUGCUCUAGUGAUCGCAGAAGAAGAAAAAGCGGUUAAACACUUGAGGACAAUCGCUUCACGCCCUGGUCUGUUUGAAGUUAUGGAUAACGGUCAAUCACACAAGGUUAAUAUGAAGGAGAAGACAUGCAGAUGUAGGAAAUGGGAUCUGACAGGGAUUCCAUGCCGUCACGCGUUACGCGUUGUGUUUGACAACCCGAAAACAUACAAGAAAGAGGACUUGGUUUCUGAUUGGUAUUUGACUACUAAGUGGCAGGAUCAAUAUAUCGAUUCUAUUGGACCGGUCAAUGGGAUGAAAUUUUGGAGAACAAGUGGAGAAACAACGCUUGAGGCACCAGAUACAGAGGUACAAAAGGGUCGGAAAAAAAAUCCACAGAAACGGAUCAAAGGUGUUAAUGAGUCACCAAAAAAGGGAAAAAAGGCCACAAACCAUGGUAGAGAUAUGCAUUGUUACCGCUGCGGUUUGGCUGACCACAACGCUUACAAGUGUCCUAAUUCGGGUGUACCAUUUAAACCUAGGCCGCCAAAAAAAUCCAAAUUGGCUGAUGGUAUGGAAGAUCCAAGACCUGUUGGAAAGAAAGGGCGUAAACCCAAGAAGAAGAAGACAGUAACCGAGGUGGUUGAGUCUCAAGAUCUUGCAGGUCCUAGUCAGCCAACUCAGACUUCUACUCCUGAAUUUGGAGAAUGGGACAGGUGGACAUGA